AGAGGCGCUCGCCGCCGCGGUAUAACGGGGCGCCGGGGACGCUGCGUUCGCCAGUCAGUGAGCGGACGCGGGGCGAAGAGGCACACGCGUGUCCAUAGCGCAGAACACGGAGCCUGGAGAGCGACCAUCAUGUACGAGGAGAACGCGGCUCUGCACAGACCCCGCUAUGGAUCUAUUGUGGAUGAUGAAAGACUCUCAGCAGAGGAGAUGGAUGAGAGGAGGCAUCAGAAUAUUGCUUAUGAAUAUUUAUGCCAUCUAGAGGAGGCCAAACAAUGGAUGGAAGCCUGUCUACGUGAAGAAUUGCCCCCGACCACAGAGCUUGAGGAAGGACUGAGAAAUGGAGUCUAUCUUGUUAAACUUGCCAGGUUCUUUGCUCCUAAAUUGGUGCCUGACAGAAAGAUCUAUGAUAUUGAACAAACAAGAUUCAAGCGUUCUGGAUUGCAUUUUCGACAUACAGACAAUACAGUGCAGUGGCUCAGGGCAAUGGAGUCGGUUGGGUUACCCAAGAUCUUUUAUCCUGAGACAACAGAUGUUUAUGAUCGAAAAAAUAUGCCCCGAGUGAUCUACUGCAUACAUGCACUCAGCCUGUACCUGUUCAAACUCGGAAUAGCUCCUCAAAUCCAAGACUUGCUGGGAAAGGUGGAUUUUACAGAGGAAGAAAUAAGUAAUAUGCGCAAAGAAUUGGAAAAAUAUGGAAUUCAGAUGCCUGCAUUCAGCAAGAUUGGUGGAAUUCUGGCAAAUGAACUUUCAGUUGAUGAAGCUGCAUUGCAUGCUGCAGUAAUUGCCAUCAAUGAAGCAAUAUCUCGCAGGGUCGCAGAGGAGACCAUGAAGGCUUUAGCAAACCCAAAUGCUGUUUUAAGUAAUAUAGAGAACAAUUUAGCUCAGGAUUAUCAAGAGAAAUUAUUUGAGGCCAAGCAAAUGAAGCAAGAGAGUGCCAAAAGCAAGAGUGAUUCUGUUAAUGCAGAAGAGAGGGAUGUGUAUGAGGAACUACUGACUCGCUUAGAAAUUCAAGAUAAUGUCAAUAAAGUCAAUGUAAAUAAAGCUCUGCAGAGGGUGAAUGAAGCCCUGGAGAAACAGGAUGAGAAUAAUUUACUGUCCAGUCUACAGGACCCUUCACUAAGUCUUGUGGCAGUGUACCAGGAGCAUGCACCGUGGUAUCUAACAUAUCUCUAUGCGCAAAGAGAGCAGAAAUUACAGGAAGAGGGUUUUUCUGGUAUACUUGGCAAAGAUGAUCUUCAAGCAGGUGUCAGCUUUUCCAAUGACCAAGCCAGAGCCCAUAAACUUAAGCUUGAAGCCGUUGAAACGAUAAAUGCUGCUAUCCGAAGCAACGAUGCAGUGCAGACUGCGAAUGCACUGAUGCUGCCGGAGGCUCAGCUGCCUGUUGUGUACCCUCACAUGGCCGACUUGUAUCAGGUGGAGCUGUUGAAUCUACAGAGACAGAAUCCUGAGGGGAAGCUGACGCAUGAAGAGCUCGCUAUUGCAGUGGAGAUGUUAUCAGCAGUGGCUAGACUGAAUGAAGCAUUGACCCUGAAUGACAUUCAGGCUGUGAUACAGCACCUCACCAGCCCAUCUAUUGGAGUUAGCAACUUGCAGGAUGCAAACACCCAGCGGUAUGCAGACAUGCUGGUGCUCCUGAAGGCACAAGCUGCAGACCAGGGACAACAGUGCUUGAGCUGGAAUGACAUUCAGGCCUGUAUUGAAGAUGUCAAUUUGCAAGUUAAAGAAGAAAGUGAACGGAUUAUUGCAGCUGGUCUUAUCAAUGAUGUAGUAGAUAAAAAAGAUCCCAAUAAAACACUGGAGGCAUUAUUGAUGCCAACUGCCAAAUUACAGGAAGUGAAGUCCUCAAUAGCAAACCAUUACCAAGAUGUCUUGUGGGACACUAAGCAACAGAAAUGCAAGAUAUCUCAGGAUGACUCAGCAGUAUUGUGUUUGGAUGAGAUACAGGAAGCAAUCCUUUCUGCAAACAAGGACACUGAGGAAGCCCAUUCCUUGGCCAUUGCAAUAUCUGAGAUUAACUCGGCAAUUGAGAAGGGUGACCCACAGCUAACGUUGACUGCAAUACAGUCUUCAAAUGUCAGCACAAGAGGGGCUGUACCAGAAUGUGCUGAUGCUUAUCAGAAUGAACUCUUUGAAGCAAAGAAGCAAAAGUCUGGAGAUGGACCAAAUGAAAGUCUUUGGGUUAUGCACAAGAUAAAAGACAAAUACGAGUAUUACCACAACCUGGAAACUGCAGAAGGCACAUGGGAAAAACCAGAGCUCUUUGUGCAGAACACCACCCAGCUUAGUAGAGAAGAAAUUCAGGGUAUUACUGAUCGAAUAACAGCAGACUAUCACCGUGAGCAGCUGUGGUUGGCGAACGAGGGUCAAAUCAUUCGUCUGCAGGCACGUGCAAGAGGCUACCUUGUGAGAAAAGCUUACAAUGAACGAUUGAACUACCUCCACAAACAGGAACCUUCAACCAUCCGGAUACAGUCAUCUUGGAAAGGAUAUAAACAGAGGAAGUCUUACAAGGGCAGGUUAAGGGUCCUGCAAGAUAAUUUUGCAGCUGUUAUCAAGAUCCAGUCUUUUGUAAGGAUGUGGAAAGCAAGAAAAGCAUAUCGUGAACGAUGUCAGUACUUCAAAGAUCAUACGCCAGAAAUCAUUAAGAUUCAAGCAUUCCUCAGAGCAAAUAAAGCUAAAGAUGACUACAAAACGUUGAUCAGUGCAGGAGACCCUCCACUGAAUGUCGUGCGUAAAUUUGUACACUUGCUGGAUCAGAGUGACCUGGAUUUUCAGGAAGAGUUGGAAGUCACAAGAUUAAGAGAGGAGGUUGUUACCAAAAUCCGAUCCAAUCAGCAACUCGAGAAGGACCUCAACCUAAUGGACAUUAAGAUUGGGCUCCUAGUGAAAAACAGGAUCACGCUACAGGAUGUUAUUUCCCACAGCAAGAAAAUGGACAAGAAGAACAAAGGCCAGGCUAUAGAAGUGAUUUCGGGUGACAAGCAAGGGCUAAAGUCACUCAGCAAAGAGAAAAGGAAGAAACUGGAAGCUUACCAACAUCUAUUCUACCUGCUGCAGACAAAUCCAGCCUAUUUGGCCAAAUUGAUCUUCCAGAUGCCUCAAAACAAAUCAACAAAAUUUAUGGAUACUGUCAUUUUCACCUUGUACAACUAUGCAUCAAACCAGAGAGAAGAGUAUCUUCUGUUAAAGCUCUUCAAGACUGCAUUGGAAGAGGAGAUCAAGUCGAAAGUGGACCAAGUUCAAGAUAUUGUCACUGGAAACCCUACAGUCAUUAAAAUGGUGGUCACAUUUAACCGAGGUACACGAGGGCAGAAUGCACUCAGACAGCUGCUUGCUCCAGUAGUGAAAGAAAUUAUGGAGAAUAAAACACUCACCAUAAACACAAAUCCAGUGGAGGUGUACAAGGCCUGGGUGAAUCAGAUGGAGAUGCAAACUGGUGAAGCCAGUAAACUGCCAUAUGAUGUAACAAGUGAGCAGGCCCUGUCACAUGAAGAAGUGAAGUCAAAACUGGAAUCCUCCAUGCACAACCUCCAGGUGGUCACUGACAAGGUUCUCACGUCAAUAUGCACAUCCUUAGAUGUCAUUCCUUAUGGAAUGAGGUACAUAGCCAAAGUUCUGAAGAGCUCGCUUCAUGAGAAAUUUCCAGAUUCCACUGAGGAUGAACUGCUAAAGAUUGUGGGCAACCUCCUUUACUAUCGGUACAUGAACCCAGCCAUCGUUGCACCUGAUGGAUUUGACAUCAUUGACAUGACAGCCGGUGGCCAGCUCCAUCCCGACCAGCGGCGGAACUUGGGUUCAGUUGCAAAAGUGCUGCAGCAUGCCGCAUCGAACAAGCUGUUUGAAGGAGAAAAUGCCCAGUUGUCAUCGAUGAAUAGCUAUUUAUCACAGACGUACCAGAAGUUCAGGAAGUUUUUCCAAGCAGCUUGUGAUGUGCCGGAACCAGAAGAGAAGUUUAAUAUCGAUGAAUACUCUGACAUGGUGACAUUAAGCAAACCUGUUAUUUACAUCUCCAUUGAAGAAAUUAUAAACACUCAUUCGUUGCUGUUAGAACAUCAGGAAGCUAUUUCACCAGAUCAUAAUGACCUAUUGCAUGAGCUCCUGGAAGGAUUAGGAAGUGUACCUGAUAUUGAAACUUUGAUUGGGGAAGGGGCUGUUGACCCGAAUGACCCCAACAAAGAAAAUGUGCUUUCUCAACUUGCCAAGACAGAAGUCUCACUCACCCUGACCAGCAAGGUUGAAUUACAAGAGGGGGAUGACACAGAUAUGAAGAGUUUGAUGAUAAAGACGAAAUGGUUGAUUGUGGAUGUGAUCAGAGCACAACCUGGAGAAACAUUAACUGAAAUACUAGAGACACCAGCCUCCUCACAGCAGGAAACCAACUACUUGAAAGUGGUGGAAAAGCGUGCCCUGCUGGAUGCCAAAGUUCCUGAUAAAAUGAAACACAGUCAGUUUGAUAUCGAGGAUGGACAACUCCCUAUUGAACAGAAAAAAAGGAAAAUUCAAAGGAACCUCCGGACACUAGAACAGGCCGGCUUCGUCUCAUCAUCAAAUAAAUACCAAGAUCUAAUAAAUGAUAUUGCAAAGGAUAUUCGAAAUCAGAGAAGGUACCGACAGCGUCGCAAGGCAGAACUUGUGAAAAUACAGCAGACAUUGAGUGCACUUAAUUCAAAGGCCAAGUUUUAUGAAGAACAGAAUAAUUAUUACAAUACCUAUAUUAAAACUUGUCUGGACAACUUAACAAGAAAGAAUGCCAGAAGAUCAAUAAAAUUAGAUGGUAAAGGGGAAGAAAAGGGCAACAAGAAAAUGAAACAGUCAACUUUGCGCUACACGGCGGCUCGUCUGCAUGAGAAAGGUGUAAUUCUGGAAAUUGAAGGACUUCAGUCCAACCAGUUUAAGAAUGCACUUGAUAUCACACCAAGUGAGGAAGUGGGUGAUUUUGAAAUCAAGGCCAAGUUCAUGGGAAUGGAGGUGGAAAUACAACUGCAUUUUCAGGACCUGCUGGAGUUGCAGUAUGAAGGUGUGGCAGUCAUGAAGAUGUUUGACAAGGCUAAGGUCAAUGUAAAUCUGCUAGUUUUCUUACUGAACAAGAAAUUCUAUGGGAAAUAAACAAUCCAUGCUGUAGCAGUUCUGACAGUCAAAUCUGUAUAAAAAUGUUAAGCUUGUCAUAGUUAAAAUAUUGUCUUCACACUCAAUAGCAGGGUCACAAAGAUAGUUAAGACAUCAAUUGUUUUUAUGAAACACAGAUCACUCUUUUCUACCAUUGGACUCUCUGCCUAAGUAGUUUGUGCAUUCUUGGUAUGUUCAGUUAUCAACUUAGAUUUCUAAUUUUACAAAGUUGAUGCAGAAAAAAUAUGACAAAAUGCCUGCAUUUGGAUCACUUGCUGUUGAGUUACUUUGUUUUAUUUAGCACUUGUGCUUAAUUGGAUUUUUAAACGGUGAUGAAUAUAGUAACCCCAGUUUGAAAUACUUAAAGCCAUAAAAUUGCCUUACCAAUGAGGUGCAAUGUUGAUUUCUCUUUGGAGAAUCUAUUAUAUCCCUUAGUGAUUGCACCAUAUCAACCCAUUUCCCAAACUCUUGAGCAAUGUACGAUUUUGAUAUUGGAUCCACUGGCACUCCAGUUGCUCGUGGCAUUUUCUGAUCUUCGCAUACUGCAGAGAAAAUAAAGGAAGAGGAGUGAUCCAUUUAUUAUUAGAGCAGUGAUAUUUUGUUGAAAGUCAGGAAUUUAAACAAUAAGGUCACUGUUUUUAGAAUUCAGUCCAAAUUUGCAUUUUGAAAGCUAAUUUGCUGUUACCAGAGUUAACUUUUGUAAUUUGGAUUGUUGCUUAAUCAAGGGAGAGGAGAUGAUUUAAGUGAACCUGCAGAAAAAUCCUACAAGGUGUCUGGAGAUUUUGGUCAAGUACAAAAUGGAAUAUGUCUUAACCUCCUAUUUACUGUAUAACUGAGCAUUUCAGAUGAAUGCAUACUUGUUGUUUUCAACGGUUUAAUGCAGUCCGAAGUCAAAAAAUCUAGUUGGAUCUUAUUUGUACCUGGCUGAUAGUAAAAAGAAAUGCCUUCAAUGCAGGUUUAAUCUCCAUAGGAUGUAAAAUGUAAAGCUGUGUUGAGAAUGUUUUAUGCUAAAUCUGCCUCUGAUUCAAGUAAUGCUUUUUAUUGACAAUGCAGGAGUCUCCUUUAAAUUGUAUAAUUAUCUGUGUCUAUGUAUCAUAAUUCUGAAAGCCAGUAUAAGUGAUAUUUAAUUUCUGCGCUAUCUUUCUAAAAAAAAACAUAAAACUUUAUUACAGAGAAAUCGAACUUCUGGAAAACUAUCUGAUAUAAUAACUCAGGUGCUUGUUGAUACUUCAGUAUGAUGCUUACAUAGGAAGAAAGCAAUUUAUACAAUACAACAGUAAUUACUAAUUUGAACUGAUUAAGACACUGCCUUGUAUACUUAUUAAGUAUCUGUCUACCAACAAAACACACUGCAGCAUAAUGUUUGACCAACUAUUAAUUCCAUACAUGUUUCACAGCUCAAAUUCCAUGUGACUUUCAAAAGUAAGUAUUUAAACUAGGGGUUACUUAAUGCUCCCCAUUUAGUAUGUGCUUUCACUUUGUGAAUUAUCUUUUGAUUUUCCAAUAAUAAAACUAUAACAUAACAAGAGAAAUCAAAUGUUGUAACUUUUAAUACAUAUUUUCUAAUUUGAUAGUUUAAUUUUCAAUGAACAGUGCAGAACUAGCUUAGCAAACUGGUGAAAUAGAGGAAAACUGGAAGUGGAAAUUUUAAAACUGCAAUCACCGUAAUCCUUAAUUCAUGAUUUUCAAUUGAUUUGAUUUUCUGGACUCCUAUAAUUUUGCUAAAUUUUGAAAUAAAAAUGAUACAGUAAUGUGGCUUUAGUUUCUGUCCUGGGGCAUUGACCAAAGCUCCAAGCAGAAAUAGUUCCAUAUUGCUUAUUUAGUUUAAGAAUAAUUAAAUUUAAUCAUUUAUUUAAAUAGUUGGCUUUAAAUGCAGUGUACAAUUUCAGUUAUGAAAACAUUCCAUUUAAAAUAUUCAAUGUAAAAAGAUAAAAUAUUAUAUGAUUUAUACAAUACAAGAUAAUAAAUAUGCACUACUGCCUUAAUGGCCAAAAGUAUAUUUGAAGCCAAUGUGUACUACCUGUAGUGUGGUAACUAAGUAAUAAUUUGGCUCUAGCAAUUGAUUUUGUAUGUGUCUUGUCAGUUCACACUGAUAUCUGUGCCUUGUGUACGUAAGUUGCUCUUCCCCAUAGUGUUAGCUAUUUAUAGCUGUUCCUUUUAAAACCAAACUAUUGAAAUUGUGCUUGACAACAUUUUUUUUUACAAUGAUUGUCUGCUUUUGUCAAAUUGUGUAAAAUAAAUAAAUCUUUCUAAAGAG